UUGAUCUUUCAUUGUGUAAGUCCUACAGUGCGAGGAAAGAUGGAUACGUGUUGACGUCGCGCAGUUCCGGCGAAUUUUUAGAAGGGAACAGACUAAUAUUUCAUCAAAAUGAACACCAAAGGACCAAUAUUACCUCUUCAACAGAGGUAUUCUAACGGUGUCCCGUUGGGAUAUACCCGCUCAGGACUAAGAGCAUCAGAACGAUACGUAGUUUAUCUACUUUUUCUUGUUUUUAUGAGUGUGUGUUACAGUGCAGUGUUUCUUGUGCCGGAGCUUCGGGGACGUGUCAACUCGUUCGUGGACUCGCCCGAGCAGCUAUUCAAGCCGGGUGGCAAAGAAGACACAUUUCCCGGUCAUCUGCAUUUAGAUGCUGGAAAAGAGGAUGUACAUUUAGAACAAGAUAGGAAAAGAAUAGAGCUACAAAUUGCCCAAGAUAGGGCGCUGCAGCAAGCAAGAGGGGCCUUAAAUCAUGAAGGAAAUGAUGGAGGAGCAGACGAAAAUAUGGAUCAACAUCAAAUUGAUAGUAUUAAAAAAGAUAUUAAUGAAGACAAGGUGAAAUUUUUAGAGCAGCAGAAAAAGCAAGUUGAGGAAGAUCUUCAAGCUGCGAGGAAAAGUGGAAAAGAUGCUUUAGCUGCAAAAGGAUAUUUUGAGAGAACAGAUGGUGAUCCAAAUGAUAUGGAUGUUAAAAGCAAACGCGAUCAUAUACGAGAGAUGAUGUUACAUGCCUGGAAUGGCUAUGUAAAGUAUGCAUGGGGUGCCAAUGAACUUAAACCUAUUGCCAAGACGGGUCAUUCAGCAAGCAUCUUUGGGCGUUCCGCCAUGGGCGCCACCAUCAUUGAUGGUAUCGAUACACUCUUCAUCAUGGGUUUGAGGGACGAGUACCAGAAAGCAAGGAAUUGGAUUGCCAAUGAAUUCAAAUUUGAUGCAACAAGCGAUGUAUCUGUAUUUGAAACCAAUAUUCGAUUCGUUGGAGGAUUGUUAUCUAUCUACGCUCUCACACACGAUGAGGUAUACAAAGAGAAAGCUAUUCAGAUCGCGGAUAAACUAUUACCUGCCUUUAACACACCAACAGGAAUACCAUUUGGACUUGUCAACCUAAAAACGGGGAGUGCAAGAAAUUGGGGAUGGGCAUCUGGAGGCUCUUCUAUUCUCUCAGAAUUUGGUUCCCUCCACCUGGAAUUUAUUUAUCUUUCUGAGAUCAGUGGAGAUCCCAAAUACAAGCAAAAGGUUGACAGGAUUCGAGAAGUGUUGAAGGAUGUUAAGAGAUCUGAUGGCCUCUAUCCGAAUUUCCUCAACCCAAAGACUGGAAAAUGGGGACAGAUGCACGUUUCUCUGGGUGCCCUGGGUGAUAGCUUCUACGAAUACCUUCUCAAAUCUUACAUUAUGUCGGGAGGGAAAGACGAAGAAGGAAAACAGAUGUACUUCAGUGCGCUUGAGGCAAUGGAGAAUCAUCAAAUGAAGCAAAAAUCUGGAGGUGGUCUUACAUACUUUGGAGACAUCCGUGCCAGCCGAGUCGACAAGAAGAUGGAUCAUCUAUCAUGCUUCUCUGGUGGAAUGUUUGCUCUGGGUAGCAAGUUCAGUGAGAGCAAGAGGGACCACUAUCUGGAGAUGGGAAAAGAGAUUACCAAGACCUGCCACAAAUCAUAUGAUAAUACAGCGACCAAGCUCGGACCGGAAGCCUUUAGAUUUGAAGGGAGGGCGGAGGCGGUUGCCAUGAGACAGAAUGAGAAGUACUACAUUCUUCGUCCAGAAACUAUAGAGUCUUACUUCGUACUCUUCAGACUCACCAAAGAUCCCCUCUAUAGGCAGUGGGGAUGGGAAGCUGCACAGGCCUUAGAAGCACACUGUAGAGUGGGAGACGGGUAUUCAGGCAUCAAGGAUGUCUACGCUACCAACGUGGCCCACGAUGAUGUCCAACAGAGCUUCUUCCUGGCAGAGACUCUCAAAUACCUCUACCUUUUAUUCUCAGAUGAUGAGUUUAUGUCAUUAAACGAUUGGGUUUUAAAUACGGAAGCACAUCCUUUACCUGUGGCUAAGUCAUAGUACACACAGGGACAAACACUUCUCACCUCGAGAACAAAUAGAAACUCUAAAACGGGGAUCUGAUGGCAUUGUAGCAGACAUCCAUCAGGAGGGUGUCACAUUGACGUUGGCCGUCCAGCAAGUUGUCAGAUCUAACAACUUUUUCUUGGUUUUAUUUGGCUGAGAAAGACAAUUCUCUGAUUGUUACUAUGGUAACCGUUGGAUAAUGACAACUUUCAAGAGACAGCCCCCAGCAUAAGGACGCACUUCUAGCGUUGGACGACAUCAUCGGAAACAUCAUGAAGUGUGUUCUUGCAUCACAUGGAAGGAGGCGAUCCUUUCAUACACAGUCGAUGUGGAAGACAGAAGACCCAGUUCACAUCCAAAGAUUAAUCCAUGACUUUGUCAUCACAGAGAUGGAUACUUUUUGUGUUUGUGCUGAGUAUAUUGAAGUGACUGCCAUAACAUUGGACCAGGUGGAUCUUCAAUCCCAUUCCCAUUCAAAGAAUACUUGCCGAAUGUGAAUCUUCUGUUAUGUCAUAAGAAUUUAACUUCCUUUUUCCUACUUCGGAUAUCAUUGAAAUAUAGGUUAAGUCUAGUAAAAGAUUCUUGUAUUAGCUAGAAAAUAGCAAACAGAGACGAAACCAAGGUUCAGGGAAGUUUGUUGCUCAUCUAGAUGAAUGAUGAAAAAAAAUUGACUCCAUGUUAAACUAUAUCUUGAUCAUUAAAAUCCUGGUUGUAUACAAGCACAUGUGAAAUCAAUUAGAGUCACUUUUGCCUGCAGAGAUUAUGAGAUGCUCAAAGGUGUCACCCUGAAUGGUUGGUGUCCAACUGCCCUGACAUAGGUGACAUCGACCGUCAGCAAAAUUGACCAUCAUGGUCUAUACAUAG